GCGCAUCAGUGCGUCAGUGACUGGCAGCAGGGAGUUCAUAAUUUUUCCCGCACGGCUCGCUUCCCCUCUUUUUCGCCCGUAUUUCGAUCCCCACUACUAUUCUCCUCAUGCGCCUUCCCUAACCAUGCCUACUAUACCCCCACCAAGUAUUGGUCCCUACCAUGGUCGCGUCGUCCCCAUUUUCCGGCCGAGGGAAAAAUUAUGAGGUCCCUGAUGGCGAUGGCGGUCAGUUUUCGCCAUUUUAGCAGUGUGAGUAGAUGUAAGUGUCGAUAUGACAAUGGAAACAAAAGUAAUAAACCAGAAAGAAUAUUUGAAGAAAUAUCUAUCCUCUGGAGAUGUCGAGGACAAAAAGAAGAAAAAGAAAAAGACGAAACUGGGACAGAGAACAGUGAAGGUCAUUGACGAUGACUUAGACCUCAAGAAUAUGAGACCGAUGGAAGAGAAUGAAUUUGAUAUCUUCAUCGACGCAGAAGAUGCACCACAAAUUGCCGGAGUGGUGGACGAACGUGGACCAGUCGAUUUCUCUGAUAAAAGGAGAUGGAAAAUUAUGGCUAAUGACGAAGGCGGCGAUUUAACCGUCACUAGUGUAAAUAAAGAAGUUAGGCAGUCCAGGCAAACUCGAGAUGAAUCUGACAAUGACAAAAGUCCACCGAGAAGACAACAGAGACGUUUGGAUGACGACUUGUCUCCUCCAAGGGCAUCUAAAAAGCAGAAGAAAUCAAGAAGAGACGAGGACAGUGAUUUAAGUCCACCGAGAAUAAAAUCGAAAAAGAAAAAACAAAACAGCGAUAGUGAAGAUGCUCAACUAAACAUUCCAGAACAUAAGAUCAAUAAGAAAGCAAAAAUGAAAGAGAAAGUAUCAUCUCCUGACUCUGAUUCGAGUCCACCUAGAAGGAACAAUCAAUACGAUUUUGAUUUAAGUCCUCCAAGGAAAAGUAAGAAACACAGGUCUGAAAAACAUAAAGAGAAAAAUGGCUCAGACCUCAGUCCUCUUAGAAGAAGGAGAAAGGACUCUGAUUCGGAUCUCAGUCCUCCUAGAAAAAGUAGGAAAGAUGUUGAUACCGAUUUGAGCCCACCAAGAAAUAGAAGAAAUAAAAAUUAUGAUUCAGAUUUGAGUCCACCAAGAAAAAAUAAGAAGCAUAAAUCUAAGCAGCGGGAUUCUGAUUCAGAUCUUAGUCCGCCGAGACAGCGGAAGAGACACAUGGAUUCGGAUGCCAAGAGAAAUAAUCUGAGUCCACCAAGACAACAUAAGCAUAGGGACGAAAGAUCAGAUCGCGAUAGGAAUCACAAAUAUUCCGAGAGGAAUGAUAAAAGAAAUUACGAAUCAAACAUGAGUCCACCUCGUAGGAGAAAUAGGAACGUAGACACAAGUACGAAUAGAUUUAAAGAAGACGACAGGAAUUUUCAUAAAUAUCAAUCGAGCAAACAUGAGAGUAGGCGCGAUCAUGAUUACAAAUAUCGUUCCCAUAGAGAUAAUAGAGAGGAUUUCCAUAAUAAGGAGAGGAAAUCGAGGUACAGAGGUUCUGACGAAGAAGACAACGAUAAACGCAUGAAGAAGACACUGGAUGGCAAGACAGCAGGAUUGCAAAAUGCAAAAGCACUGCGAGAAGAGACAGAGGCGUACAAAAAACGCGAAGCCGAACAUUUCAGCAAGCUGAGCAAAGAAGUUACCGGGGUCGGUCAAGCUACGGUUGUACGUGAUACUAAAACUGGCCGGAAACGUAACUUGGAAGCGGAAGCAGCAGAAGAACGUGAGAAACAAAAACGGCAGGAGGAAUUGGAUGAAAAAUAUGCGAAAUGGGGAAAAGGUCUAAAGCAAGUUGGCGACCGUGAAGAAAAACUGAAAGACGAUCUUUACGAAAUGAGUAAACCCUUAGCAAGAUAUGCUGAUGAUGCUGAUUUGGACAAGAGACUCAGAGAACAGGACAGAGAAGGUGAUCCCAUGUUGGAAUAUAUUAAACAGAAACAAAUAAAGGAAGGAAAACGGAAACCAGAUGCACCAAAAUAUGAGGGCUCGUUCAUGCCAAAUCGUUUCGGUAUCAAACCCGGCCACAGAUGGGAUGGUGUUGACAGAAGCAAUGGAUACGAGAAGCGAUGGUUCGAGGCUCAAAACGCAAAGCUGGCUCGUCAAGAAGAAGCUUACAAAUGGAGUACUUCUGAUAUGUAAAAUACACUGAUUUCAUUAUUACUUAUCACACAAGGAGUAAUGAAUCGAAGAAUCGAAAUUGUAAAAUACAAUUUCUGUUGUUUAACCUAA